AUGCUUCUCAAAAAGAAAGCUUUAGAGAUCCUGCCUGAAGAAAAAAGUACAUGGCAUGAUGAAAAAUUUCAAGCACUAUCUCCUAAAAUAACCAUCUACUUCAAUCGUAAUAGAGAUUCUUAUCUAAAUAUCAAGUUUAUCAAGCCCACAAAUUCCUUUACACCUCCUUUAAACCUUACUAAAGAAAACGAGGAUAUUCAUGUACCCCCGAAUGGUAUGAAGUUCAAUUUAUGGCCUAGUGUAAUUUAUCUAGUUGAUCCUUGUGUAGACAUUGAAGAGAGGGCGAGUACCAAUGAAGCUUAUGCAGAUGCUUUAUGGUUCCUAAGGCAAUAUGUGCUCGACAUAGUUAUUGAUUUUGGUUUUGACUGGGAAAUUAGAUACCUAGGAGAAAAUGAAGUUGAGGAACCAGAUUUGGAACUAAAUGUGGAAAAGGAGUCACUUGGUAACAUACUAAAGAGACCACAUAGAGGACUUGUAUUCUCUUCUAAAGGUCAACUGAGAUUUAUGAUAAUCUCUCAAAAACAUCUAUUCUCUUCUGAAUUCAUUCAAGGCAUCAUUGGUUUGUUGAAGAGAACAAGAGAUCAAGAUAAUUCGUUGAGAGUGAAGAUCAUUCAAGUACUUACUUGGUUUUUAAGUUUUCAACAGUGGUUAAUAUACUUGAGAAACAAAGUUUAG